GAUAACAAUAUCGCUUUUUUAAGUCAGUUAUUAGAUUUAUUUUGUAAAAUAAUAACCAAUAAUUAUUAUAUUUUAUAAUAAAAAAUCUGUAUAAAACAAGUUGAAGAAAAAUACUUAAGUAAACAAAAUAUAAAUUCUUGGUGAAAAAAAUAUUUAUUUGGUGAAGAAUUGAACAACAACUGUUGCAUCUGUAAGUUGUUUCACACAAUGGCCGAAAAUGAAGAAUGUAAAAUUUGUCUCGCCUUGAAAGCGGAUAAUACUCCAAUGCUUAACAUCAUAACAAUCGAUGAAUAUGAAAAUUUAACUGGAAUCACACUGGGACCACGGAAAGUUAAAAAAAUAUAUGUAUGCAACAAAUGUGCACGCGAUAUUAUAGAAGCAAGGGAAAUUCGUAAUAACAUUAUAACAAGUUUAGAGGAAAGAAAGUUUCACACAAUGGCCGAAAAUGAAGAAUGUAAAAUUUGUCUCGCCUUGAAAGCGGAUAAUACUCCAAUGCUUAACAUCAUAACAAUCGAUGAAUAUGAAAAUUUAACUGGAAUCACACUGGGACCACGGAAAGUUAAAAAAAUAUAUGUAUGCAACAAAUGUGCACGCGAUAUUAUAGAAGCAAGGGAAAUUCGUAAUAACAUUAUAACAAGUUUAGAGGAAAGAAAGACUCGUGCCCAGGCUGAAUGUGGUAAUUUUUGUGCCCUUAACAAUGGGGAUAUAACUGACAUUUCUCGACACAAACCGACAGAGCUAAUUGCCAAUUUGAUAAGACGUGAAUUGGAAUCUGACGAGCAGGGCAAAGAAUUUGUUUGCCAAAAUUGUUUUGUUAAAAUUGAUAAUGCCAACAAAACUUGUAAGAAACUAAUUGAAAGUUUAAAGGACUUUCAAUACACUCCAAAAAUCAGCUACUAAAUCUGAAGCUGCUGGAAAUACUCCCUCCCCUAAAACACCGAAGCAGAAAGAACUUACAAAUGAAACGAAAAACAAUGAUUUACCACCAACAACUGGUACUACACCAAAAACUUCCAAGCCAAAAAAAGCCACAAAUGUAUCGGUCAAUAAUAAAUCAUCUCCAACAACUGCUACACGGAAAAUAUCAACUAAUGACGAUGAUAGUUUGGAAGAAAUAGUUCAAAAAGUAAAGAAAUUGAAUAUUAAAAAAUAAGUUUCAAUAUUCAUAAUAACUUUUUAAAUUUGUUUUAUAAACCUUUGAUAAAUUAAAAAAUCGAUUAUGAAUAAGGCCUAUAAUAAGUAUGUAUGUAUAUAAAAUAAAAUUAAAAAAAAAAAAACUACUUACCAACAUUAACACGACGUCUGGUUAUGCCUUAACUAAUAGUUAUAGAUACUGUCGUUUAAAAUUAUUUUUGUAUGAAAACUGUCAGUAUAACUAUUAGUUGAAACAUAACCAGACUUCGUGUUACUGGGGGUUAGUUGCAUUUUGUUUUUGGUUUGAAA